GCAGGCGGCGAUAAUGGGGCGGCCAUGGCCCGGGCCGGCAGCCCCAGCGGCGACGCAGAGAGGGCUGGGGGCUCCGAGCCACAGGACCCUUGGGAGCUGUCCCUGGAGGAGGUGCUGAAGGCGUACGAGCAACCCAUCAACGAGGAGCAGGCGUGGGCCGUGUGCUUCCAGGGCUGCCGAGGACUUCGGGGCGCUCCGGGCAGCCGGCGUCGCAUCAGGGACACGGCGGAUAUCCUGCUGCACCGGGACGGCUCGGUGGGCGCGCGGCGGGAGCCCAGAGCGCCUGAGCCCUCAACGAUGGUGGUGCCGCCAGCCAGCUCAGAAGCCCAGAUGGUGCAGUCGCUGGGCUUUGCUAUCUACCGUGCGCUGGACUGGGGCCUGGACGAGAGCGAGGAACGUGAGCUCAGCCCACAGCUGGAACGGCUCAUUGACCUCAUGGCCAACAGUGAUAGUGACGACAGCAGCUGCGGCGCAGACGAGGGUUACGGGGGCCCGGAGGAAGAGGAGGAGGCCGAAGGUGGCCCGCGCGCAGUGCGGACCUUCGCUCAGGCCAUGCGGCUGUGUGCUGCACGCUUGACUGAACCCCGUGGUGCGCAGGCGCACUACCAGGCUGUGUGCCGCGCGCUCUUCCUGGAGACACUGGAGCUGCGUGCCUUCCUCUCUCGUGUGCGCGAGGCCAAGGAGAUGCUACAGAAGUUUCGGGAUGAUGAGCCUCAGGCAGAGAGGUCCCUGGCGGAGCUCGAUGACCUGGGCCGCACAGACUGGGCUAGACUCUGGGUCCAGCUCAUGCGGGAGCUUCGCCACGGAGUGAAACUCAAGAAGGUGCAGGAUCAGGAGUUCAACCCGCUGCCCACGGAGUUCCAGCUCACGCCCUUUGAGAUGCUCAUGCAGGACAUCCGAGCCCGAAAUUACAAGCUGCGGAAGGUCAUGGUCGAUGGGGAUAUUCCUCCAAGGGUAAAGAAAGAUGCCCAUGAGAUCAUCCUGGACUUCAUCCGCUCCAGGCCGCCACUGAAGCAGGUCUCGGAGAGGAGGCUGCGCCCCUUACCACAGAAGCAGAGGACUCUGCAUGAGAAGAUCCUGGAGGAGAUCAAGCAGGAGCGGAAGCUUAGGCCAGUAGGGAACUCGCCCUGGGACACUCGAGGGUUUGGCUCUCUGCCCUGCAUCCCCAACGCCUGCUCCGGGGAUGUUAAGUCCACUUCCUGCAUCAACUUGUCUGUCACGGAUGCUGGGAGCAACUCUCAGCGCCCGAGACCCCGGGUCCUGCUCAAGGCGCCCACCUUGGCCGAGAUGGAGGAGAUGACCACUUCAGAGGAAGAGGAGUCCCCGUGCAGCGAGACGACACUGAAGCGGGAUCGCUCCUUCUCGGAGCAGGACCUGGCCCAGCUCCGCAGUGAGAUGACCUCAGACCUUCCAGCCUCUGAACCUUCCACAGCGGGGAAGCUGCCAGCCCGGCCCCGAGCGGGCAGUGUGCACGUCUGGAGGUCCAGCAGCCAGGACCAGGGCGAGUGCCGUUCCCUCCCUGUGAGUGUCCACGCUCGGCCUGCCCCUGGCCUGCCCCCCAUCAGCAGCCUCGGUGCUGUCCAGGAGAAGCCCGAGGCCGCUGCAGCCCUGGACAGCCAGACCAAACACCUGUGGUUGGAGUUCAGUCACCCGGUGGAGAGCCUCGCGUUGACAGUGGAGGAGGUGAUGGACGUGCGACGGGUGCUGGUGAAGGCCGAGAUGGAGAAGUACCUGCAAAACAAGGAGCUCUACAACAACCUGAAGAAGGGGAAGAUCUGCUGCUGCUGUCGAAUCAAGUUCCCACUGUUCUCCUGGCCAGCUACCUGUCUCUUUUGCAAGAGAGCUGUCUGCGCUUCCUGUAGCGUAAAGAUGAAGAUACCAUCUAAGAAGUUUGCACACAUUCCUGUAUACACACUGGGCUUUGAGAGCCCUCAGAGGACUUCAAGUGGCAGGACCGCAUCUGCACAGAGAAAAGACUUCUUCCAGUCCCUGCAGGGCCCCCAGUGGCGGGGCGUGGAGGAGGAGUUCCCCCACAUCUACGCCCAUGGCUGCGUCCUGAGGGGUGUCUGCAGUGACUGCACCAGCUUCGUGGCCGAUGUGGUCCGUUCCAGCAGAAAGAGUGUCGAUGUCCUCAACACCACGCCACGCCGUGCCCGCCAAACCCAGUCCCUGUACAUUCCGUCCACCAGGACGCUGGACUUCCAGUGA